UUAGAUAUUUGGGUGCUCAAUGAUAUGAAAAAUGUUGAACGAGAUGUUUGGAGAUUUUGUACGAUUUCAAGAUGGAGUCCAAGGAGGAUGCGAAUGUCGUAUUAGCGAAGAAAUCUUCUGAUUUACAGAGGAUGAAGAUUGAAAAACUCAUGAAGAAUCCGGAAAAGCCUGUAUUCAUACCAGAGCGGCCACAGGAGAAAGGCCCCAAAGCCACACCAGACUUUGUCAGAAAUGUUUGGGGUUCUAGUGCUGGAGCUGGUAGCGGAGAAUUCCAUGUUUACAGAGGAAUCAGACGGAGAGAAUAUGCCAGGCAGAAAUUUCAUGCAGAAAAAACUGAAGAGGAUAAGAAAAAUGAGGAGUAUCAAGAAAAAUUGGUGAAAAACAAAAUAGCAGCUGAUGACAGGACAGCAAAGAAACGAAAUAAAAGGCUUAAAAAGAAGUGGAAACAGAAAAAUAACAAGAAACAAAAGCUGGACAAAAAAGUGGAAUCUGAGUCUGAGAGUGAAGAAGAAUCAGAAGAUGAUAAUGUUGCCGAGGAAACAAACAAUGAUGCUGGUGACCAUGGUAACAAUGACACUGGUAACCAAGGUGACGAUGUACAAAAACAAACCAACUCUGGUGAUAUAUCAACAGUACAAGAUAUUGGUAAUGAUAAUGAACUGAAACAUGUCAAAAAUGAUGACAUAAAUGAGACUGAGAAACAGGAGAAAGACACCAAUGUUGGUGAUGACAGCAAUGACAUGGUUUCUAUUGUAAAAAGGGAGAAAAUUGAUAAACUGAGUAGCAUUAGUGAAACAAUUGAAGAGGAAGUUGUAGAGGAUACCGAAUCAACACAUACAGAGGCUCAGAUCAAACAAGAAUCUGUUGAAUCAGUGAAUGAAAAUACAUCAUGACAAAAGAAACUAUGAUAUUAUUCACAUUGUCAUAUAUAUCAUAGAGGCACAAUUAAGAAUAAUAACAAUAGAACUUGACUUAAAUAAACAUUACUGGGAUCAGCUUAAAGUUUCUAUAUUUUGAAAAUGUCUUACAACAUAGAGUCGAUAUGAUAUCAAACAUUUAUGAUAAACCCUGCCAUCUUUCACUCCACCAGUUCCUUAGAAUUUUGUGGAUUAAUAUGGCCAUAUUGACAUUUCACAUUCUAGAUCUCUAGUGCUCAUAUAUACAUGUUCUAAUGUAAUAUAGCGUUGUAUCAUGUAUUAUACCAGUCUCAAUAUGUGAAUAACAAUUAUUAAGCCAAAUAAUGAAAUAAACUCUAGUUGUAAUUUGUAAAA